AUGUCGUCGGAGUCCGUUCCUCAGUCGCACCCCUCCAUCGUCGACGGAUGGUUCCGUGAGAUCUCGCCCCAGUGGCCCGGUCAGGCCAUGACCCUCAAGGUCAACCGCAUCCUCCACCACGAGAAGUCCCUCUUCCAGGAUGUCCUCGUCUUCGAGUCCGAGACUUACGGCAACGUCCUCGUCCUCGACGGCGCCAUCCAGGUCACUGAGCGCGACGAGUUCUCCUACCAGGAGAUGAUCACCCACCUUCCCAUGAACUCGCACCCCAACCCCGAGCGCGUUCUUGUCAUCGGUGGUGGUGACGGUGGUGUCAUCCGUGAGGCCCUCAUGUACGACACCGUCAAGAAGGUCACCCUCUGUGACAUUGACGAGGCCGUCAUCCGUGUCUCGAAGCAGUUCCUGCCCGGUCUCUCCAAGUGCUACGACGACCCCCGUGUCGAGGUCUUCAUUGGUGACGGCUUCAAGUUCCUUCCCGAGCACGAGAACGAGUACGACGUUAUCGUCACUGACUCGUCGGACCCCGUCGGCCCCGCCGCCGCUCUCUUCGAGGCCCCUUACUUCACCCUCCUCCGCAACGCUCUCCGUGAGGGCGGCCACAUGUCGACCCAGGGCGAGUCGAUCUGGCUCCACCUUCCCCUCAUCAAGGAGCUCCGUGAGACCACCAAGAAGCUCUUCCCCGUUGCCGAGUACGCCACCUCGACCAUCCCCACCUACCCCUCCGGCUCGAUGGGCUUCCUCGUCUGCUCCAAGGAGCCUACUCGCCAGAUGAACAAGCCUAUUCGUCAGGUUCCCGACUGCAAGUACUACAACAACGAUGUCCACACUGCCGCCUUUGUUCUCCCCGAGUUCGGCCGCGCCAUGGUUGAGGACGGCAAGAACAUUCUUCCCGUCUUCGGUGGCGUCCGCCCCGGUGCCAACGGCCAGACCUCUGGCAAGAAGGUUCUCCUCCUUGGCUCUGGUCUCGUUGCCCAGCCCGCCGCCAAGUACAUCACUGAGCACGGCCACGAGCUCACCAUUGCCUGCCGUACCCUCAAGACCGCCCAGGACCUCGCCCAGGGCCUUGAGAACGCUACCGCCGUCUCUGUCGACGUCUCGUCGCCCGAGGCUCUCCGCGCCGCCGUCAAGGGCCACGACGUCGUUGUUUCGCUCGUCCCUUACACCCACCACCGUGCCGUCAUGGAGGCUGCCCUUGCCGAGGGUGCCCACGUCGUCACCACCUCGUACAUCAACCCCCAGAUGCGCGAGCUCGACCAGAAGUUCAAGGACGCUGGCCUUGUCUGCUUCAACGAGAUCGGUCUCGACCCCGGAGUUGACCACCUCUACGCCGUCAAGAUCAUUGACGAGAUCCACAAGGCCGGUGGCAAGGUCAAGUCGUUCUACUCGUACUGCGGUGGUCUCACCGAGCCCGCUGCCUCGGACAACGCUCUCGGCUACAAGUUCUCGUGGUCGCCCGUCGGUGUCCUCAUGGCCCUGAACAACACUGGCCGCUUCCUCAAGGACGGCGAGCCCGCCGUCAUUGGCGGUGGCAAGGACCUCAUGCAGUUCGCCAAGCCCUACUACUUCACCCCCGCCUACAACCUCGUCGCCUACCCCAACCGUGACUCGACCGUCUUCCGCGAGUUCUACGGCAUCCCCGAGUGCGAGAACCUCAUCCGCGGCACCAUGCGCUACGGCGGCUUCUGCGAGGUCGUCAUGGGCUGGGCCGACCUCGGUCUCCUGAACGACGAGCAGAACGAGCUCGUCGCCAAGGGCGCCGCCCCUAUCACCUGGCUCGAGCUCACCGCCAAGCAGCUCGGUGUCCCCGCCGACAAGGAGAAGGUUUCGCAGGGCAUCCUCAACCUCCCCUCUGUCCCCAAGGACCAGUCCAAGGUCAUCCUCCAGAAGUACGCCUCGCUCGGCAUGCUCUCUGACGAGCCCGUCGCCCAGGCCGGCACUCUCAUGCGCGCCCUCUCGGCCCUCCUCGAGACCAAGUGCCAGUUCGAGCCCGGAGAGGUCGACCUCGUCCUCCUCCAGCACACCUUCGAGGUCAUCCGCGCCGACGGCCGCGAGGAGACCGUCGUCGCCUCGCUCGAGGAGUACGGUGACCGCCACGGCGGACCCUCGGCCAUGGCCCGCCUCGUCGGUGUCCCCUGUGGUCUUGCCGUCCAGCUCCUCCUCGAGGGCAAGCUCAACAAGCCCGGUGUCCACGCCCCCUACGACGAGCCCACCGCCAAGCUCUUCCGCGACCGCCUCGAGUCCGAGGAGGGCGUCAAGAUGGUCGAGAAGGUCUUCUAA